AUGAGCAACGAAAUCAUCUUCGUCUACUCGGACGCGGUGCGGCAAGCGUGCAAAUCGUACGGGCUAGAUUCGAGAGAGUUUCUCGAUGAACUGAUGCGCCACGAAGCACACGUCAAGAGGAAGUUUCAUCAAAACAACGGAGGAGAACACGCCUUCAACGAAACAGUAUCCGCGCAGAAAUAUUGGUGGGAUGUGAUUAAAAACAUGAAAAUUCCGCAGACGACGAAAUGUUUGAAAGACACCGGCGCGGAGACUGUGACCUCGACGCUUCGAGCGAAGGAGUUACAAAGACUGGUGUUUUUAUGCGCGGUGGCAAAAUCGGCGGCGGGAAGUGGAGAGUGGACCAGUGGGAGGUUAGAAGAAGGCAUGACGAAGAAGUUGUUCAGGUAUUUCCCGGAGCGUGUGCGCGAGUGGCUCGCCAUGCAUCACGGAACGAUAACGGGAAGACGAGUGGAAGUACGAGAGUAUAGGGAGUCUCCUAUACCCAGUGAAUUUCAAAACAUUCACGAUAUUCUCGAGAGUGCAACGCAAAUGCAGAGUCGGUUCCAGCAGAUUGGCGACGAGAUGAUCGUGCAAUUACGACGACAACAAGAACAACGAGAACAUCAACAACAAGCGCCGUCUCCGGCGUUGUCUCCGGCGGCGUCGAAGUUAUCCAGAGCGGAAAAAAGUAUACACGAUACGUUGGAACGCGCGUUGAAUUCGGACCCGUAUUUUGCGUUGGUUUCUCCGACGAGUUUUAACCCGACUCGGCCAAACGGUGUGGUCGCGAAGCCGACAAAGUUAGUGUUCACGAAAGCGAACAGUCGAAGCGUUGUGAAUUUUGAGCUGACGCCGAUCCAAGAGCAAUUUUUGCGCGAGAAUAGUAAAACGGCGCAACUGCGAGCGUAUUCGGUGUUGAUUAAGGAGGACGAAGCAAAGGCGAAGAAUAGAGUGUUGUGGCCAAAUGAUUGCGUGAUGCACGUGAACGGUGUAAACGUGGACGUGACGAGAAGAUCCUCGUCCCAAAAAGUUACGAAAUCGACGAGAGAACGUCCGGCGUUGAUUUCGAACGCGAGAGGCGUGAAUUUACGCGCUGGACAAAAUACCAUGCGCAUCAUGGGCGUCGACGCUCGACAUUUCGCACUGUGCAUUUUGUUAGUUCGAGAGCGAACGGACAAGGAAGUCAGAGCUUUGAUACCGCCGCCGAAAGAGUUUGAUCAUUACGUCAGUAGCUUAAAGAAAUCGCUCGGUUUCAGCGAUCAAGACGAGGAGGACGACGAUAUCAUAGGUCCGGACACCGCUAUUAUUUCCGUUCGGUGCCCGAUUCGCAUGUGCAUGAUGGAAACGCCGGCGAGGUUGGAAAAUUGUAAUCAAGCGUGCGCGUUCGACGCGGAUUCGUUUUUAGAAAUGCACAAAGAAACUCGGAAAUGGACGUGCCCGUGUUGCGGCAGCGCCGGCGGGCCGAAAGAUGUACGAAUAGACGGAUUUUUAGUGCGAGUCAUGGCCAAGUUGAAUAGCGAUUUGCGACACAAACGCAUCAAUCCAUCGAGCGCUUCGGUGUCGAGGAUUGAAGUAGAUAAAGAUUGCAGAUGGCGGUACAGAGAAGCAGCUGGAGAUAAACAAGAAUUAGGCGAGUGGGUAGAUAUAGCAGAAACUCGCGCUGUAGAGCUUAGCAUACAAGGCAGGGCGAUCGCCUCCGCCGAGGAAGGAGUAGCGCUAGAAGGAAAAAAUACUAGUACGAGAAAUAAUAAAAGAAGCAGCGGGAUGACUUCUGCGAAGGAAGUUGAAAUAGUCAUUAGCGAGGAAGAGGAGCGAAAAAAGCCGAAACGCGAUAAUACUAAUGUGGCCGCCGACGACGACGAUUACGAUUCGGAAGAAGAACUACGAAACGCCUGCCGAGAAGCUGCGGCUAUGCGCGGCAACGGCGGCGCAAAAGACACGGUUCCCGACAUUAUCGUCAUCGAUGAUUCGGAUUCAGAAGAUGACGUGCGCAUCGUUGGGUCGACUUCCGGCGCAGCACCCGCUCAACCCCCGCAUUCUGUCGUUGCUCGGAAAGCUGCGGUGACGCCGAUGCAGCAACUGCGUGAUUUACAUCGAUUAAGAAACGCGGCGGAGGAGGAACAACGCCGCCAUCAACGAGAACGAGAACGAGAAGCGCAUCAAAACGACGGCACGCAACCGUGGCAAAGAGAAAUUCUACAGCAGGCUCAAGCAAGAAACGGACGGGUUCCGGUGAUCCGUGCCGCUGCAGAGGCGAGGCAACGCGCGGAACGCCUCGAGUCUGAGCGCAGAGUGAAAGAGCACGAGGAGAGACUCAGACAACAAAGAAUCAACGCCAUGCACAACGGCAGAAGCGAGUACGAACGAAGCGUGAUGGCAAACGCACAAGCGCAACCGUUUGGUUUGCAGCCACAAUACUAUCACAACGCGAAUAAUAUGGCACCACAGCCGCCGCCGCCACAGCCGCCGCCGCGUCCGUAUGUGCCGCUUCAAAAUGGUGACGGGGGCUUGGGAGUGGUGCCGCCGGUUUUCGGUUUUGGGUCACCGUACCAGCCGCCGCCGCCGCGACCGCUUCGUCACACGCAACAACAACAACAGAAACCGCCUCACCAAUCCGUUCGUUUUGUCUUUCGACCGCCGAAUCCAGCAACUACUAGGAGCAACACGCAAAAGUAA